AUGGACACCAUCGCGCUCAUCUCCGGCGGCAAAGACUCCUUCUUCUCCCUCCUCCACGCCAUCUCCAACAACCACCGCAUAGUCGCCCUCGCCAACCUGCACCCGCCCACGCCCAACACCCCCGCCACCACAACCACCAUCCACCCCACCGCCGCCGCCCCGCCCACCUUCACGGCCCCCGCCGCCGCCACCCCCGACGAGCUCGACUCCUUCAUGUACCAGACGGUCGGCCACGCGCUGCUCCCCUUCUACCCCCACGCGCUCUCCCUCCCGCUCUACCGCCACCCCAUCACGGGCCGCAGCGCCGACCAGAACCUCGCCUACUCCCUGACCGCCAACGACGAGACCGAAGACCUGCUGCCGCUGCUGCGCCACAUCAUGGCGCGCCACCCGGGCGUCAAGGCAGUCUGCACGGGCGCCAUCCUGAGCACGUACCAGCGCACGCGCAUCGAGAGCGUGUGUGCGCGGCUGGGGCUGACGUCGCUGUCGUAUCUGUGGCAGCGCGGGCAGGGGGCGCUGCUGGAGGAGAUGGCGGGCGUGGGGCUGGAGCCGCGGAUCGUGAAGGUUGCGGCGGUGGGGCUGGAUGCGGAGCGGUGGGUGUGGAGGUGUGUGGUUGACCCGGCGGUCAGGAUGGAGCUGGAGGGGCUGAGGAGGAGGUGGGGGGUGCAUGUGGCGGGCGAGGGCGGGGAGUAUGAGACGAUUGUGGUGGAUGGGCCCGGGUGGAGGGGGAGGAUUGAGGUGGAGGAGGGGCAGAGGGAGAUUGUGGAGGGUGCGGGAGGGGUCGGGCAUCUGAAGGUGCUCGGCGCGAGGUUUGUGGAGAGGGAAGGAGAGGCGGUGGGGCAAGAGGAGUGGGUGAAGGACCUGAGGAAGCCGGGUCUGUGGGAUAAGGUAUUUGCGGACAUUCUGAGGAUCAUUGACACCGGGGACGAUAUCACUCCCGCAGAAUCGCCGAAAAGCACCAUACCACUCUCCGGCGGCCCCAGCAUCCCCACCGCCCAAACCUCCCAGUCCGGAAAUCUCGUAUUCAUAACCAACCUCUCCAGCCCCUCCCCCACCUCCACCAUCACCGAAGAAGCCCAGUCCGUAAUGACCCUCCUCUCCCAGAACCUCUCCACCCUCAACACCUCCUUCUCCUCCAUCACCUCCACCACCCUCCUCCUCCGCUCCAUGUCCGACUUUGCCGCCAUAAACAGCGUCUACUCCUCCUUCUUCACCGCCCCCAACCCGCCCUCCCGCGUCUGCGUCUCCGUCGGCUCCCGCCUCCCAGCCAACACCAACAUCCUCCUCUCCGCAACCAUCGACCUCCCCGCCAAGUCCCCGCGCAAAGGGCUGCACGUCCAGUCCCGCUCCUACUGGGCACCCGCCAACAUCGGCCCCUACUCCCAGGCCAUCAGUGUCGACGGGUGGACAGCGCUCGCGGGGAUGGUCCCGCUCGUCCCAAGCUCCAUGGAGGUGCUCAACCCUGGCGCCAGCCGCGCUGACGUGAGUGCGCAGGCGGUCAUGGCGCUCCAGCAUAUGUGGCGGGUUGCGACAGCGACCGAGGUGACGGUGCUGUUGGGGUGUGUGGCGUAUGUGGUGGGGCCUGUGGGCGCGGCGGCGGCCACGGCGGCGUGGAAAGAGCUGUGGAGGGGAUGGAAGGGCGAGGCGGGGUGGAAGGGGCUGUUUGGGGCCGAUGAGGACGAGGAGGAGGAGGAUGAUGAUGAGGAGCCGGCGGAGGUUGAGACGGGUGUACGGCCGCCGCUGCUUAUAGUCUCGGUGGAAGAGCUGCCGCGUGGCUGUGCGGUCGAGUGGGCGGGCGUGGGCUUUGAUCCGGAGUGGAUCCAGAGGGCGCGGGGUGAGUACUACACCGAUGAUGACAACGACGACUCGAAGGCCAGCGACGACUGGGGCGUCAAGGCGUGCGCCGAGACAUGCAGCAGCGGGAUCGUGACCUCGUCUGGCGUCUAUUACGGCGGGUGGGCGAAUGGCCGGAGCAUCUGUGGUGGCGGGGUGGGGAUACUCUGUCUGCCUGUUUCUUCGGAGGUGGAUAGGUGCACGGCUCUGGCGCAGGAGGUGGCAGAGAAGGUGGGUGCCGAGGUGAUGGGCUUUGGGGCUGCGGAGGCAAGGGUGUAUAUUCCGGCUGUGACGGGAACGGUGAGCGAGUUCUCGGCGGCCUGGGGGAAAGCGAUGUGUGAGACGAAGGUGGCGGUCAUGUUUGUGCCUGUUGAGCAGGUGUGGGACUGCGACGGCCAGUUGGCGGGGCUGGGUGCUGUGGUGAGGAGGGUUGGGCGGAUGGCUGCGUGA